AUGGGCCCAACUCGGAAACCCAACGUGUGCCGCCAGCUGAGUCGCCGGGCGCUGGGCUUCUUCUCGCGGGACGCAGGCGUGGUGCAGAGGACGAACCUGGGCAUCCUGAGGGCGCUGGUGUGCCAGGAAAGUACUAAAUUUAAGAAUGUGUGGACAACUCAUUCCAAGUCACCUAUAGCCUAUGAGAGAGGAAGAAUAUAUUUUGACAAUUAUCGGUGCUGUGUCAGCAGCAUUGCAUCAGAGCCAAGAAAACUUUAUGAAAUGCCAAAAUGUUCCAAAUCAGAAAAAAUAGAGGAUGCAUUAUUAUGGGAAUGCCCAGUGGGGGAAAUACUUCCCAAUCCAUCAGAUUAUAAAUCUUCACUCAUAGCACUGACUGCUCAUAAUUGGCUGUUUCGCAUAUCAGCAACUACUGGAAAAGUCCUUGAGAAAAUAUAUCUUGCUUCAUAUUGCAAAUUCAGAUACCUGAGCUGGGACACUCCUCAAGAAGUCAUUGCAGUCAAGUCAGCUCAAAACAAAGGCUCAGUAUUGGCCCGGCAGGCAGGCAUUCAACAGCCUGUUUUGCUGUACCUUGCAGUGUUCCAUGUUUUACCUUUUUCACUUAUAGGGAUUCUGGAGAUCAACAAGAACAUUUUCGGGAACGUUACAGAUGCUACCUUGUCUCAUGGAAUACUAAUUGUGAUGUACAGCUCAGGACUGGUCAGACUCUAUAGCUUCCAAGCCAUCACUGAACAGUUCAUGCAACAGAAACUUGACUUAGGGUGUGCAUGCAGAUGGGGUGGGACUGCUGGAACUGUAGGAGAGGCUCCUUUUGGCAUUCCUUGUAAUAUUAAAAUCACAGACACACCUCCACUGCUCUUUGAGGUAUCCUCCCUGGAGAACGCUUUUCAGAUUGGAGGCCAUCCUUGGCACUAUAUCAUCACACCUAAUAAGAAGAAACAGAAAGGAGUUUUCCAUAUUUGUGCCCUGAAAGAUAAUUCCUUGGCAAAAAAUGGGAUCCAAGAAAUGGAAUGUUGUUCUCUAGAAUCUGACUGGAUCUAUUUUCAUCCUGAUGCUUCUGGUAGAAUAAUACAUGUCGGCCCAAAUCAGGUCAAAGUUUUAAAGCUAAAUGAAGUAGAAAAUAAUAGUGCCCAGCAUCAGAUCUCUGAAGAUUUUGUCAUUUUGGCCAACAGGGAGAAGAACAGUAAUGAAAACUUACCCGUUGUUACAGCUUCUGGACGGGUGGUGAAAAAAAAUUUUAACCUUCUGGAUGAUGACCCAGAACAAGAGACUUUUAAAAUUGUGGACUAUGAAGAUGAGCUGGAUUUGCUUUCCGUGGUAGCUGUUACCCAAAUAGAUGCUGAAGGAAAAGCUCACCUGGAUUUCCACUGCAAUGAAUAUGGAACUUUACUUAAAAGCAUUCCACUAGUGGAGUCAUGGGAUGUGACCUACAGCCAUGAAGUCUACUUUGACAGAGACUUGGUACUACACAUAGAACAGAAACCAAGCAGGGUCUUCAGCUGCUAUGUUUACCAGAUGGUAUGUGACCCUGCUGAAGAAGAAACAACAAACAGAAGUUGUGAAAAAGAGUGAGAUAAUUUUAAAUUUUGAGAUGUAACUUCUAAGAUUUUUAGCCACAUACCCCCGCAGC